CGCCGUCGCUGUCGGAAUCCAGAACCCACCUACAGUGUCAGUGAGAGUUGGCCCCCCGAAUCCGACCUCGGCGAUUAUUCUGCCAGUUGGACUUUGGGCAUGCUCAUCUCCAUCUUUGCGCCUGAAUCUUCUGUGUUGGUUCUUCUGCGGAAUAUUCGAGCUUUCUCUUGAACUUUAUUUCCAUACUUGUAGCCGUUUUGAAAUUCCGGAAGAUGAUUUAUUUACUUCGGAGAACAAAAUGGCUUGCGUUGGCAAAGAUUCCGGCAUAUACACUAACGCAGUUUACUUCUGUAUCGAGUUUGGAACGGCUGAGAUUUUUGUCUACUCUGAUUUCAACUCAGGACAACAGCCGAGAAUCUUCGUCUAGCAUAUCUAGUUUGACUGGUAGUGCUCUUGAGUCUGAUGUUGAGCGUUUGCAAUCGUCAAACAAGCCAAAUUUGGUCUUGAAAUUCUUCAAAGAUAAUGGUUUCUCGGAAUCUCAGAUAAAGUCCAUUGUUUCUCGAUGGCCACGUAUCCUUGUCUCAGAUCCUGAGAAAAGCCUGAAGCCAAAAAUGGACUUUCUCAUUUCGAAGGGGAUAUCGAAACCUGAAUUUCUGAGAAUAGUCUCAGAGGAUCCAAGGGCACUGACCCGCAGUGUGGAAAAACUCAUGAUACCUCUAUUUGAUUUUCUGAAGGAUGUGACCGGUAGCGAGGAGAAUGCAGCUCGAGCUGUCAGAAACUACCCGUAUGUGUUCCGCUCCUGCGUCGGAAAGUCUCUCAAACUGAAUACGAUGAAGCUGCAAAGUGCUGGGGUUCCCAAAGACAGGAUUGGUAGGUUGAUGAUCCAUCGACUUAAAUCAUUUGCACCACAACCAUCAAGGUUUGAGGAAGCCUUAACCAUGGUCAAAGAAAUGGGUUUUGACCCAGCUGAUUCCACAUUUGGUACCGCAGUUGGAGCGAUUGGAUGGUGUAGUAAACUUGCUUGGGAAGGGAAAAUGAUUUUUUUCAGGAGCUAUGGCUUGUCGGAUUCAGAGAUCUUUUUAGGGUUCAGGAAGCAACCAGCAAUCAUGAUGUUCAAAGAGAAGAACAUGAAAGCGAAAAUGAACUUCUUCCUCAAGGGUAUGCACUGGAGUCCAAACAAGGUGAUAAUGGCACCACAGAUUUUGUUGUUGAGCCUAGAGAAGAGAAUAAUUCCCCGGCUCACGGUUCUUUAUCUCUUGGAAAGCCAGGGAGAGGUGAAGGAAGGGGGAAUCAGUUCGGUUAUGUGGUUAAUGCAGUUACUCGAAAAAACGUUUGUGGAGAAAUUUGUUAUCCGUUAUAAAGAUCGAAUCCCUCAGGUCGUGGAUGCGCACGAGGGCAAGUUGAAGAUGGAAGAUCUUCAUAUGCUAAAUUCGAAGGCUGUGUUCAAGAGGAAUGAGUUCUGGUCAGGUACUUAGAUCUUCGGCAUUACUGCAUUUUCAUUCAGAGCUCCAUUCCAACUAUAAUGGCUGUCUUUCUUCAGACAUGGAUCAUUAAAAUGUAUUGGUAACCUCUCUGUCUCAAUCUUCAUUCUCCAUUUUCUUCUCCUUGCAUCAAAGCAUUCAUAAAAUUUCCCUUCUCCUUAGGGAGCCUUUCAAAUUCAUACAGAAAAAGAUUGCUUUUGUUAUUGAAAUAAGCAUUUUUAUGAGUAGACAGACAAACAGUUUCAGGAUUAGUAUAGUUUAUAUUUUCUUA